AUGGUGUUUGAAAGAACCAAGAUAGCGCCAUCAGAUAUUCUCAAGAAAGCAGAGGAAGACGCAGCCAUAUGGUUUGAAGUGAACUUUCCAACAGCUGAGUCUACUCCGACCAUGAGGGUAAAAACUAGCACAGGUGCUCUUUGGAUUUCACCUCCCACAGGUGUUCUCAAAUGUAACAUCGGGUCUUCGUGGGUCAAUGGUAGAACAAAUUGCGGACCUGCAUGGAGAUUACGUGAUACGAAAGGAAAGGUCAUUAUGCAUAGCAGACGAUCUCACUCUUCAGUUCACGACCAAAAGGAAGCUGAACUUCUGGCAACUUUAUGGGCAGUAGAUUGUCUAAAGACUACACGCUUUGAGAAGAUCAUAUUUGAAUCCUCCUUUCGUCUAGCGCGGGAACAGCUUCAGUUUUACCGUAGUGUAGAUGAUAAUCACCCCCACAUUGCUCGGGACUUCAUCACAAAGCUGCAACAGAUGCAAGCAUGGAGCCUAGACUAUGUGGUACCAUCAAGAAACGUUAGUGCUAUGAAGAUUGCAGAGAGCGUGACAUCAAACCACAGAUAUCAGUCUUACAUAUCCGAGGAUGGCCUGGCUUGGCUUCAACAUCAACUGGAAAUAGAUGCACAAGGAUCAUCUGUCCCCUCUACCUAA